AUGAGGGAAGGGAAGGGAAGGGUGAGUGUUGUUGGAGAGGUCCCGUUGGAGAUUAAGAACUGGGCAAUGGAGGGUCCCAACGGUCGGUUGGUUACCGGUUGGGGUGACACCGAUAGAGACCCGUUCACAACGGCGUUUGUGGCUAUCCUCUCACUUCUCACUAUCACUCCCCCUCUUCCUCUUUUACCCCUCCCUUUUCCCUUCAAUCUCCCAAAUGCCACUCACCCACCCAACAUUGCCAGACACUCCAUCACCCAACACCUUGUCUGCGUGUCCGCUUCUACUUGUUUUGUUGUUUCACUUUCCACUUGGGAAGUGGGAAAAUCUAUUGAAGGCAAAUAUAAUGGAAGAGCAUUUCAUUUUAUGAAACUGGGAUCUCGUCCAGAUACCUUUUACACUGCAGAGUCUGUUAGGACAAUCUCUUCUGAAGUUUCAAGUGACGUCAUAAUUCAAGUGAAAGGAACUAGAUAUCUUCUUCACAAGUUUCCACUGUUGUCCAAAUGUUUGCGCCUGCAAAGGCUAUGCUCAGAGGGUUCUGAUUCUCAUCACAACCAAAUAGUACAACUCCCUGAAUUUCCUGGUGGGGUGGAAGCAUUUGAGCUGUGUGCCAAGUUCUGCUAUGGCAUAACCAUCACUCUCAGUGCUUACAACAUUGUAACUGCGCGUUGCGCCGCGGAAUACUUGCAGAUGACUGAGGAUGUUGAGAAAGGGAAUUUGAUUUACAAGCUUAAUGUUUUCUUUAAUUCUUGCAUCCUUAAUGGCUGGAAGGAUUCCAUCGUGACUCUACAAACCACCAAAGCAUUGCCUCUGUGGUCAGAGGACUUGGCAAUUACCAGCAGAUGCAUUGAGGCCAUUGCCUCAAAGGUUUUAAGCCACCCCUCAAAGGUGAGUUUGUCACAUAGUCAUUCCCGGAGGGUAAGGGAUGAUGUGUCUUCUUGCAAUGGAACCGAAAGUCUGAGACACAAACCAGCAAGCAAGGGAUGGUGGGCUGAGGAUUUAGCAGAUUUGAGCAUAGACCUGUAUUGGAGAACCAUGAUAGCUAUCAAAUCUGGUGGCAAGACACCCUCAAAUCUCAUUGGUGACGCAUUGAAGAUUUAUGCAUCGAGAUGGCUACCAAAUAUCAGGAAGAAUGUGCAUGUCAAGAGGGAGACUGAAUCUGACUCGGAUUCAGAUUCUGCGAGUGAAGUAACUUCGAAGCAUAGACUGCUUUUGGAAUCAAUUGUGAGCUUGCUUCCAGCGGAAAAAGGUUCUGUUUCUUGCAGCUUCCUUCUUAAACUAUUAAAGGCAGCCAAUAUUCUCAAAGCCUCGGCUUCUUCAAAGGUGGAAUUGGCCACAAGAGUAGGACUUCAAUUGGAGGAAGCCUCGGUUAAUGAUCUUCUAAUACGUUCAGUGUCUAAGACAAAUAAUAUGAUGUACGAAGUGGACUUGGUGAUGACCAUAUUGGAACAAUUUAUGUUGCAAGGUCAGAGUCCCCCAACAAGCCCUCCAAGAUCAAGGUUGAUCAUCGAAAGGAGAAGGUCUCGUUCGGCAGAGAACGUUAACUUCGAGUUCCAAGAGAGUAGGAGGUCCUCCUCAGCUUCUCAUAGCUCAAAACUGAAGGUGGCAAAGCUAGUGGAUAGGUACCUUCAGGAGGUUGCCAGGGAUGUACAUUUGCCUCUGUCAAAAUUCAUUGCUCUUGCUGAAACUAUACCAGAUUUUGCGAGACAUGAUCAUGAUGACCUGUACAGAGCUGUUGACAUUUAUCUCAAGGCACAUCCAGAACUGAAUAAGAGCGAAAGAAAAAGACUAUGUCGAAUUCUAGACUGCAAAAGGUUGUCUAUGGAAGCUUGCAUGCAUGCAGCACAGAAUGAGCUACUUCCCCUCAGGGUGGUUGUCCAAGUUCUUUUCUUUGAGCAAGCACGAGCAGCAGCUGCCGGUGGCAAAGUGACUGACAUGCCAAGCAACAUCAAGGCAAUACUCACUGCUCAUGGCAUUGAUCCAUCGAAACACACAGCACCAUUGAGCACCACAACAAGCGUACAUGCCGAUGACAACUGGAGCGUUUCUGGAUUCAAGUCUCCAAAGUCAACUAGGAACCCAACUCUCAGAAUGAAGCUAGCUGAGGAUGACUUGGAUGAAAAUGUUGUGCCUCGUGAUGAAAUUGGGAGACCUUCUAGAUUUAAGGGUCUACUUGCUCUUCCAACUCAACCCAAACGCAUGUUUAGUAAGUUGUGGGCUAUCAACAGAACUGCCACUGAAAAGAAUUAA